AUGCGGUGGUUCGGGUGGCUCAUACUCAUCAUCAUCCUCGCCCUUCUCGCGUAUGGCGGCUGGAUAGGCUACUCCCAGAUCCGCGCCCGGAGAGCCGGUCUCCCUCCACCACCAUUGAAAUCAUACCUACCGUUCACAUCCUCUCCUGCAUCGUAUGGCGACGCAAACUACCCGACUCCCCGAAGCGGUGGAAUAGUAGGCUGGUUUAAGGACAAGGUUGCAGCUCUGCGCAAUCGCAGAACACACCAGGGAUCGUACGAAGACCAUCUUGAGCCACGAGCCUACCGAGGCGGCGCUGGCAGGCCUCUUUCUGAGCAGGAUGAGCCAUGGGACACGCGCAUGGGCGCCGCCGAGCGAGAUGGUGGCUUCGGCCCGCCCGGGUAUUAUGAAGAGCAGGAACUCGGUUUUGCGCCACACACUGGCGGAUACGAUCGCAAUGCAUCUGCGUACGAUGGUGGUCUUACUCCUGGAGCGAGCCAUGAAGCAAGCCGUGGAAGAAGUCUGAGCCGUGAUCCGUCGCCUGUCAAGUUGGGACAAGGAGAUGACCCAGCUAAUCCAUUUGGAGACCAUGCUGAGGGGAGCAAUUUGAGGAAUAUGAGCCCACGGCCAGAACCUCCGGCUGGCGAGGGCUCUGCUCACGCACAGAAAGGCGUGUUCCGGGAGUCCUUGUGA